CCGCAGUCAGAGGAAAUAGCGCCGGUGAGGUCGACAGACACGAAAGACUGUUUUGUUGUGAUUCAACGCUGAAUUUCAAGAAUGGCGGAUGAGGACGAGGAGAUGGACGAGCAGGAGCUGGAGGAUGGCACCGGCGGGACUGAUGUCUGCCACGGGAGAAGAAAGAGGCUUUUCUCCAAGGAGCUCCGCUGUAUGAUGUACGGAUUUGGAGACGACCAGAACCCGUAUACGGAAUCUGUGGACAUCCUGGAGGACCUGGUGAUCGAGUUUAUCACGGAAAUGACCCACAAAGCGAUGUCCAUCGGACGCCAGGGCCGUGUCCAGGUGGAGGACAUCGUUUUCCUCAUUCGCAAGGACCCCAGGAAGUUCGCCAGGGUCAAAGACCUGCUAACCAUGAACGAGGAGCUGAAAAGAGCCCGGAAAGCUUUCGAUGAGGCAAAUUACGGCUCAUAAACUCACACUGGAACACUUUUUUGACCUAAUAUAUAGACGUCCUCAUCCAAUUCGGCGGUUUAUUUCUUUUAAUUUGCUGCAUUCCAUUGUUCAUUGACCUGUGUAAACUCUGUAAACGUUUGUGCAGACUUGUCAUUCACAUUAUUUUACCUACGAGCAGUGACGCAACACAGUGACCUGAUAUCUUGCUGUCUCAGACCGUUUAAAUAAAGUAAUUUGCUAAUUGUUUUACCA